AUGUGUGGGGAAGCUAUUCACAGUGGAAAGAGCCGUUACAGUUGGUGUGAAUUCAAGAAAACCUUCAGCCACAAAUACACUCUUGUUCAAUGCCUGAGUGUCCGCACUGAAGAAAGGUCUUAUGAGUGCAAGGAAUGUGGGAAAUCCUUCACCCGAAGAUUUAACCUCUUUCAGCAUCAGAAAGUCCGCACUGGAGAAAGGCCCUAUAAAUGCAAUGAAUGUGGGAAAUUCUUCACCCACAUUUCCAGUUUCAUUCAACACCAGAGAAUUCACACUGGGGCAAAGCCUUAUAAGUGCAGCAGAUGUGGGAAAUUCUUUGGCCGGAGCUCCAGCCUUAUUGUACAUAAGAGAGUUCACACCGGAGAAAAGACUUAUGAGUGCAGUGAAUGUGGGAAAUCCUUUAGCCAAAGCUCCAGUCUCCUUAAACAUCAGAGAGUUCACACCGGAGUGAGGCCUUAUGAGUGUAGUGAAUGUGGAAAAUAUUUUGGUGACACCUCCAGCCUCAUUAAACACCAUAGAGUUCACUCUGGAGAGAAACCUUAUGAGUGCAGGGGAUGUGGGAAAUCUUUUAGCCAAAGUUCUGGCCUCAUUCAACACCAGAGCGUUCACACUGGAGAAAGACCUUAUGAGCAGUAUAUGUGCAGCAAAUGUGGGAAAGCCUUCAGUCAGUGGUCUGCUCUGAUUCAGCACCAGAAGGUUCACAGUGCAGAUCAGCUUUAUGAGUGCAACAAAUGUGGAAAAGCCUUUAGCCGAAGGUGUAACCUUAUCCGACAUGAAAAAGUCCACACUGGAGAGAGACCUCAUGAGUGCAGUGAAUGUGGGAAAGCCUUCAGCCGAAAGUCUCACCUCACUGGGCACCAGAAAGGUCACAAAGCAAAGCCAUAGCCAUGCAAGGAGCAGGCUUUCUGCAUGUUUGAUAUAAUGACAUUGAAGGAGAGCCUUUGUGAGGGAGAUAUCUUCCUGAAGUUGAACUCCUACAUCAGAAUAUACACCACAGGGAAGAUUCCCUUUAAGUUUCAGGUAUGGGGGAAGCUUCUAGGAACCAUGUUUUGC